AUGGCUUCCUGUCUCAAGCUGCGCUUCAUGACGAAAACGCACCCAGACAUCCCCCUGAUGUCUCGCGAUAUCAAACUCCAAAACGACACUCCGCGUCAACCCCGGCCUCAUAUCCCUCACCAGCCUUCCGAGCUCCCGAUGCCUCAGCCGCCGGCCCCCUGUCCCCGUACUCAGACCCUAGCGACCACAACGCUCGCUCCUCUUGUCACUCCAUUGUCGAUCUCUCCUGCACACUCCAGCCGAUCCGACCCCGAGAAACCAUCCCUCUUCCAGAGGGGCGUCCCUCCUAAAGUACUUCUAUCAGCCGCACGGCAGCUCCGAACGGCCCUCACUCCACCCCAACCGACCCUCACAUUCGGCUCGAGGACCUUCCCUCACCAGUGCAGGUCUGCUCUUCUCUCUUGCUCUCUUGUCACAAUCCGCUCUCAACGAUCCUCAGGCAGCCCCUACCUUUCAGGCGCCGGCGCCCUCUUCUCUCCCGCACAGUCUGGAUCUCACCUCUCGGACUCUUCUCCUCUCCCUCUCUCCGUCAUCCGCGUCCCCUCCGCCCCGCUCACUCUCCUAUAUCGGUUCUAUAACCGUCCACCCCGACCGAAUCAUCUAUCGGCCAAGGGGGCCCCACCAAGUCAAACUACCACGGCGGAGCCCCAAGCCGCGUGCGCCCAAGGGGCCUCGCCCCGCCUCGCCCCCGCAUCAACCCGCCAGAACUCGCGCAACCCCAACCCCUCAUCGAAUCAAGGCCAGCCCACUCUCAACCCAGGUUACCAGGUUCAAGACACUAUGUCAGGUCCCAAAGCACUUUGUCAGGUUCAAAUCUACUUUAUCAGGUCCAGAAAACAAUUUACAAGGGCCAAAACCACUUUAUCAGGUCCUAAAGGCCAAAAGCACUUUACCAGGUCCAGAUAUAAUUUGAUCAGGGCCAAAAGCACUUUACCAGGUCCAGAUAUAAUUUCCUCAGGGCCAAAAGCAUUUUACCAGGGCCAAAAGCACUUUACCAGGUCCAGAUAUAAUUUCCUCAGGGCCAAAAGCAGUUUACCAGGUCCAGAUAUAAUUUCAUCAGGACCAAAAGCACUUUACCAGGUCUAG